GAAGAAGCCCUCCCCUUGCCUGCGAGCCGGCAGAUCCGGGUCUUGCAGCGCUGCCUGCUAGACUGACGUGGUCGACGGAAUCAAAACACCAGGCGAAAGGGAGAGUCGCUCCGCAGCUGCGCUGGCUGGCGUCUUGGGGCUGCGCCUCUUGCUCUCCAGAUCCGAGCAAACCCGCUCAAAACCUGCGCCUGAGGAUUGGCGGCUAUAGCAGAUUUUGGAGGGGUGCAGAGGUCGGCAGUGUAGAGAAAAGGAAGGUGUUCGUUAUUAAGGACCGGUUUUAGCUUCAUCUGAAUAGCCAUGGCAGAAGGUGGAUUUGAUCCCUGCGAGUGUAUCUGCUCCCAUGAACAUGCCAUGAGGAGGCUGAUCAAUCUGUUACGCCAAUCCCAAUCCUACUGCACAGACACAGAAUGCCUUCAGGAACUGCCAGGACCCAAUCCGUCUGCUGAUAAUGACAUCAGUGUGACAAUGAUAAUGGUGGGCUGGCUGGUUCUGGCACUGGUACUGUUCUUGAUGAGACCUGCUAACCUAAGAAGACCUUUUACAGCUGAAAAACCAUCCAGCCCACAUAAUGGGCAAGAACCACCAGCUCCACCUGUGGACUAGACCUUACUGGAGGAAGCUCAGCGACUGUAACCUUGCACGACCAAAAGAACGAACGUGACCAGAAUACCCCUCUAUGUCGCACACAAUACUGUUCUGCUCCAUACAUUUAAAAUUGUUUUGCACCCCCUCCCGUUAUAUUUGAAUAAGUUAACAUAUGUGGCAUUUUUGCUGAUAUUCAUUGGACUCUAGGCACUAUUGCACUUUGCAAUAAUAUCUAAAAGAAAAUUAAAGCCUAGUUGUCAUUUUUCAAACAGUUCUUUCCCUGCAGUCCACCAAUAAUGUCUCCGUGAUCUAUGUACAUUUAUGGGGUGGAGGGAACUGCACAGAAGUUCCCAUUGAAUGUGCCAUUGUCUAUAGAAUUGAUUUAGAAGAGGGGUGGCUAAUCUGUGCUCCUCUUAAUAUUGCUGGACUAAAACUCCCAUCAUUUCCAGUCAGCAUGGCCAGCGGUCAAAGAUGAUGUAAAUUAUUGUCUGGCAACAUCCAACUGGCCACACAUUAGCCUCCCCAAUUUAGAAAAACCCAAAUUGUAUCUCAUCAAUACAACUUUGGAUUUACUCUGUGCCUGCGAACCAGAAUUGUUUCACAGGGAUUCUCUCUACUAUUUAUAUCUGUGUUAGUGUUGUCCAAAGUACAUCCUUCUCUAAAAUAAGGCCAAAUUAAAUGUAUUUAUUGGAAGCAAGCAAAUAAAUUUAGUAUUGUAUUAAGAUAACUAAAGAGUGCAUAACUAAAUGUUACAUUUGAAACUAGGAAUAUUUACAAAUACUAUAAUAAAAAUAGUUACCUGUAUACUUCUCUGUAGUGGAUAUUACAGUCCACAGCUAACUAUAUCCAGUUAUUUUCUGUAAAUGUAGGGCUCCAAUGUGCACAUGAAGCUGCUCUGGAUUGUAAAGGUUUCCCAUUCAGUUCAGUGGCAGGGCAACAGCAUGGUGUAUUUAGGUAAAAAUGAUGCAUUUGUAAGGAUUUCCCCUGUCAUUGAAGUUGUUAGAAGCCUUUGAAAGAAGGAAGCAGUCUAUGCAUAUUGGACUGUUUGUGGAACUGUCAUCAGAACACCUCAAUACAUUUUAUUCAAAUACCGGGGGGUAAACAAUGACCAAAUACAACAAUCUCAUUCUAUUUUGAAGUCCACAGAACUAGAUUUGUCCUAUGUACUUACUUGCUGCAUCACUCCAAUCUGCAUUAUUUAUUUUCAGGCGUUAACAUUUUCAUAUUCUUAGAAACAGCAUGCCAGAGCUGUGCCUCUAAGGCAAGAGUCCAGCUGCCAUUUUUUUAUGGAUGGAAUCAGCAAGCAGUAAUGUAAAGACACCAAAUGUUCACAGAAAUAGAACAGAUUGCUUGCAAAUAUUAAACAUAGUUUUAAGGACUGCCA